AUGCACGCAAGACGGUCCCCAACGAUUACUCGGACGCGGUGUUGUCCGCGACGCCUCUGGCGAAGACAUCGGAGGGGUGUUUCGACCCUGAGUUCGGCGACAUCUGGGAGAUACCAGACGAGAGCUCCCUGAAGGAGGUGUGCGCGGCCGCCUUCUUCCCGAGGCCCGCGCUGGGCGGACGACUGCUCGGCGGCGGCCCAGUGGCGUCCGGCGUGGGCGGGUGCCUCCUGGGCGGCGGCCCAGCUGCCUCUGGCAAGCUGGAUACGCCAGGUUUGUCGACGCCGGCGCCCAGGAACCCCUGGUCGGAGGUCCUGCUGCGGGUCCGCGAGCAGCUGCGGGCGGGCCUCGUCUUCGAGGCAUCCGAGGAGCUUCAGGGGGCCGGCGACGGCACCGCGUGCGGGGGCCCAGAAGGGCGAGAGAUGGCUGCGGCCUCGCCCCCGCCGCUGAUCGAGCGCCUGCGCGUGGUGGACGCGCGCCUGCACGCGACGAUGGCCGCCACGCUGGGGUGCGCUGGCCGGCCAGACUUGCGCUGGGCGAGGAUCGAGAUAAGGGACCCAAAGAUAGGGCCAGAUUUUCAGCUGGAGAUCAAGCUCCGGUUCGCCAAGGACUCCGAGCGGGAGGCCAACGGGCCGAGCGCGCAGCUGGUCGUGUCGUCCGAGUGCCGCGGCUUCCCCCUCAGGCUGAGCCAGUUCGUGGCCUUCAAUUGCGAGGCGGAGCUGUGUGGGAAGGAGAACAUCAAGGAUUGCACAUCCUUGAAGUCGACGUCUGGCAACCCGAGCGAGUGCAGCCCAGCGUUCAUCCACUCGCAGUUGUCGCCGGCCCUCCUGCCGUUCAGGGUCGAGGAGUUGCUCGCGCGCGACUUCGCCGUAUGCCCGAAGGGGGCCCCGUUCACUAGGUUCUGUUCCGCGAUGACGCGGUCGCGGAGCAAGGACGUCCUCGACUCGCUGGGCAGCAGCCCGUGGUCCCGGGGCGGGGUGCUCAUCACGGAGAACAAUCCCCCCGACGGUGUCACGGAGUUCGAGGGUUUCAAGGUGCCGCCGACCAGGCGGGGCGUGGUGCGGCUCACGGGCACGCCCAAGACGAUUUUCUGCUCGCGGAACGACAGGCGGCCCGACUGCACCGACAUUGUCGCUGCCGUGAGGAUGGGCCUACCGGUGCCCGAGUGGCUGAUUCCCCUGGACCUGCUGAAGCGCUUCGUGUCGGACAUCUUCCGAGAGUCCCUGCGGCGAGUGAAGGCGAACAUUGUGGACCACUGGGCCGAGCUCGGGUACAACGAGCGGAUGGCCGCCAGACCAGAGUUCUACGGCCGGAUAGUGGCGAUCGAGGAGGCGGAGCCCUGCAUUCUGCCGCGGCUGACCGAGAGCCUGCAGGCGGACGCGGAGCUCCCCGCGGAAGUUGCCUGUCCUCCAUCGGCCGUACAACCAGACGCACCUGCCGUUCUGGAUACCACCGUGGGCGGAUGA